AUAAAAAAACUUGGUUCCCAGGUUACUACGCGGACGAGGUGGCGGGAUGCCAGGUGUUCCACGUGUGCCACGACGUAUUGGUCUCCUCGUUCCUGUGCCCGAUAGGCUCGACGUUCAGUCAAAAGUUGCUCACCUGCGACUGGUGGACCAAAGUCGACUGUUCGUCGAGCGGCAAAUACGUGGACGUGAACAGGGACAGCUACCAGCAGGACGACGACGAGAUGAUCCGGAACGCGUACGCCAUGAUGAGCCUUCGCUCGGGGACAGACGUGACCAAGGACGGCCUGGUCGAUCCGGAUCGAACCAUCGUCGACUACCAGAGAGCGAGGAUACCCGACUACUCCCCCCCGCCUGUCGACUCCUCCCUCAACGAUCUUCGAACCGACCCAGACCCCGACCACCGCAAACCCUCCUCCUUCAGCCGAGACUUCCUUCCUCCUUACCGUCUCCUCCUCAAGGACGGCAGAUCGAAUCGAGGCCGCCAAGAGAAAUUCUCUUCAACCAGGCCUCUCGACUCGCCCAUCGUUCGAGUGCACAAGAUCGACUCUGUGCCCGGAUACGAGCACAGAGGAGGCAAACGAUUCGAGGAAGAAGCGAGCCGUCGAAACCUCGACUUCCCGCUCGACCAGUUCCAACCGUCUUACGCGCCCACAGUGCCGACCGUGACCACAACGACCAGACGAUUCUACUCGCCCACCGUGCCAACCACUUCCCUCAGACCACCCUCCUCCACCCUCGCGUACAACAGGCUCGACCAGGCGAUAGACAGCUCGGAUUAUCACUCGGCCCAGAGCAGGGCGAACACACCGCCUGCCCUCCUUCCUCCUUCGAGGAGGAAAGUCACGGCCAGGGAGGAGGAGAGUUACGAUUACGAGUUUCGGCUGCUCGAUCACGGCAACGGAACGGACGGGUUGGAGGACGAGUUCGAGACGAGGGGGAGCAUCGGUCUGGGGCAGGCGUUGCGCCACUCGUUCAGAGGGAUCUCGGUGCAACGGCAGGAUCCGACGGCCGGGCACGGAACGAAGGAUGGGGGGAAGUUUGUCGAGGAAGAGGACACGGGAUACCAGGCGUCGACCAGGCGGGAGGAGGCGAUCGAGGAGCGGGGAGGAUACCAAAGAAAUCGUGAGAACGAUUCCCUUCGACCUUCGACCACCACCGCCCCCUCGGUGGUCGUGGAGAGCGUCAUAAAGGCAACCACGAAUCUUCCCACGAACGAGUCCAACGUUUCUUCCGAAUUUCGAAUAAACGUGCCGGAUUUCUCCUCCUCCUCGUCGACCCUCGACGACGAAUUCUACCCGACCACCACCACCGAGCUCGGCCUCGUCCGCAAUUAUGUGGACGAGAAGGAAUCGGAAGGAACGACGAGCAGUGACGGGAUUGUAUCCAAUUACCAGGCCACCACCAAGCCCCUGCUGUCCUCCCUUGUGUUGUUCCCUCGCCAGGAUCGAUCGGAGGAGGCCCCUUCGUCGAGGGAGGAGGAGGAGGAGGAGGAUUCGAUCGAGUUCGAGACGCCAUCGUUCGAAUCCUCUACGCAGCCGAUCACCACGGCGAGCGAGGGAGCGGAGGAUGAUUACAACGAGGACGCGUCGAACAGCGUCGUCACCGUGGAAAAGAAGGAGAGGAUCGAGGAAACCGUUGCAGAGAGCAACAAUAACUCGCCUUAUCUACGGCCGACUCUGGACAAGCGCGAACAGGUAGCGCGCCAGGGGAAGGGGAACUCGAGCGAGUUGGAGACGAUCGAAUCCGUGGAUCGAUCGAACGAUUCCACCGACGGAAGCAGGACCACGAAGGCCGCGAUAAGCCUUCAACGAUUGAUGUCCGAGCUGUUGAAGCUCGACCGGAUCCCUCGACCGUUCUCCUUCUCCUUCGACCUUGAACAACAACAACAACAACAACAGCAACAACAACAACAACAACAAGAACAACAACAAGAACAACCGCAACAACAACAAGAGCAACAAGAACAGCAACAAGAACAACAACAAGAACAACAGCAGCAACAACUACAACAACAACAAAAACAGCAGCAGCAAGAACAGCAAGAAGAGGAGCUGAGCGCUCGCACGCGAAUUCUGUACGACAUUCUGUCCGCCACGUCCUCUCGAGCCACGGGAAAGUCGAACGGGGGGGGAGAGAGUUGGACGGAGUCGGCGAUCGGCCGAUCGAAAGGGGAGAUUCUGGAGCGGUUGGAGAAUUUGAGGGAGCCGCUCUACGCGGGGAACGGCGGCCCCUCGAUCUUCGAUCUUCCCUGGGAGGAGAGGGCGAUCGAUUUCCUCGAUGGAACGGAGGAGGCCACCACUUCCUCCUCGACCGAGACCACGACCACGACGACCACGACGGCCACGACGACCACGACGACCACGAAGGGAACGGACGAGGGGAAGACGGUGGUGAAGACGGAGUUCGUACCGUCGUUAGGCUUCUCCUUGAACACCGACGAGGGGAGGGAGGAGUACGUGGAGGCCGUUUUGGGGGGUUUGAUCGAGCCACGGCCGACUGGGAGCGGGAAGGAGGAGGAGGAGGAGAAGGCGAUUUUGGAGAGAUCGUUUCGGAGGAAGAACGAAACUUUGGAGGGGAAGAUGUAAGGAGGGGGAUGGUUUCUCUCUAGCGAUUUAAAAUUAACCCUUUGCACUCCUGCUGUGUUGUUAUCCAUCGUUAUACAUAUAUUUAUUACGAACACUUAUUACGAACUCUUGUUACGAUGUUUUCUUUUAUUUUCUGCUUAAAUGUGUGUGUGUAUAUAUAUAUAAAAUAAAAUAAAUAUAUAUAUGGAUUUUCACCGAUCAAGGGAUUGAGAUGCGGAUAAAAUUAAUUUUGUAUCUGUCAAAUCUUUUUUUAAGUAAAAAAAAAAAAAACUUUCAUUUUGAUGUGGAAUGUGAAAAAAAAU